AAAAACGGCUACUAAAUAUUACUAAGCGCCGGGGCGAAAGAUGGACGAAGGGGGUCUGGCUGAAGAGAUACAAGUCCUUGAAGCAAUUUACAUUGAAGAAUUGGAAGUACAAAGAAAUGACAGGGAUGAAAUAAACAAGAUAACUCUGCAGUUACAUCCAGCUACAGGGGAAGAUCUGGAGCAGAGAUUUGUCUGUAUGACUCUCAUACUGGACUUGUCACCACAGUACCCUGAUGUUCCCCCAGAGAUCACCAUAAAGAAUCCACGUGGUAUUGCAGAAGAAGAACUCCUCAGUCUGAGAGAGGAUAUGCACAAGCUAUGUGAAGACAGACAAGGAGGUCCUGUACUGUUUGAACUAAUUGAGCUUGCCAAGGAUAGUCUCACUGCUGGAAAUAUUCCCCACUGUCCAUGCAUGAUUUGUCUAGAACAUUUCCAUGAGGGUGAAAAGUUUACGAAGACGGAGUGUUACCACUAUUUUCAUGAGAGUUGUCUCUCACGUUAUGUGACUCACGUGCUAACAAAGACACCUGAGAUUGUACUUGCUCAUGCUGAGCCGUCUCCUGCAGCAAGUAAGCUUGUGUGUCCGGUGUGCCGGGAGGAAAUUCAUUACAAGUUUGAUGACUUUGAUACUUCACCUUUAGAAGAUGAUUUUGUGUUCACACCAACUGAUGAGAUGAGAGAAGUUCAGGCCCAUAUGGCAGCCAUGUUGGAGCAGCAGAGAGCCAAAGGUGGAAUCAUUGAUGUUGAGGCAGAGAGGAAUAAAUACCUAGUGAAAAAUGAUGAUGUUGUUUUGUUGACUCUUCCUAAAGCUGAAACUAAAGAAAAACCAGACAGACCAAAGUCUGCUCAGUCAAGGCAUGAGAAAGUAAACCAAGAAAGUAUUAAAGGAAAUGUCUCUAGACAAUCAGACAUUGAUGGAAGGAAACAAGGAAGCAAUAGAAAUGAUAAAGUUGGAUAUAGGAAGGGUAGAGGAAGAGGAUAUAGAUAUAAUGGUGAUGAUUCUACAAGAGAUAAUGAAAAUAGGGUGAGAGAUAGGAGGGAUAAAAGAAAAACUGAGAAUACAUCUGAUAAUGUUUCUAGAAAGAUGAAUAAUGAAUCUGAUAAUAUUGAAUAUAAUAGUAUUAAGGAGAAUAGAAACAAAGGUAAUGCUGAUAGUAGAAAUCGGAGGAAUUAUCAGUAUAAUUACAGAAGGAAGCCUGGUGAAGUGAAAGACAAGUUUCAAAAAGAUCCAGAAGGUGAUCAGGGUGAAACCAGUUAUUUUGAAAAUCCUGGUAGAAAUGAUAGGAAAGAUAUGGAAAAGGUUAAAGAGAAAAAACUGGGAUUUGGUAGACCACCUGAAAAUGAAACUAUAAAAUCUUUAGAUAAAGGGGACUCAAAAACUGGUGCAAUAUCAGAUACACCAGAAGAAGAAAUUCCUGACAAGGACCAAAAAGGUUUUGGAAAACCAAAGAGAAAAGAUGAAAAUAGAAGUGACACUAAUGAAGAUGUAACAGCUGCUUGUCCUCCAGCUGAUAAUUGCAAUGAAAAUCAGGGUCAGUCACUUGAAAGUAAAACUGUCUUGAAAGAAAAAAGUCAACAGGAAUUGGACAAAGUUUACAGUAUAGAUGGAAAAGGUAUUCAAACAGCUAAUGAUAGAACAUUUCAAGGUAAUAGAGGGGGUUUAGGUAGGCCUCCACAUGAAAAGGAUGACAAUGAAAAAGAGUUGAAUAAAGGCGACUGUAAAUCUUCACAAAAUAACCAGACUCAUAGGAGGGGUGGUUUUGGGAGACCUGAUAGGGAAUAUUAUAGAGAUAAAAACUUUACGAGAGAGAAACCUAGACAAAACAGGGGUGGUUUUGGUAAACCAGGUGGACAUAACAAAGAAAGUUCAGAAGAGAUGUCUAGACCAGGCAGUGGUAAAUAUAGUAGUCAACAAGACAGAAGAAAUAGUCCUAGGAAUCAUGAAGAACAGUCCAAAGAUGGAGAUAAAAACUUAACGAGAGAGAGACCUAGACAAAACAGGGGUGGCUUUGGUAAACCAGGUGGACAUAACAAAGAAAGUUCAGAAGAGAUGUCUAGACCAGGCAGUGAUAAAUCUCCUAGUCAACAAGACAGAAGAAGUAGUCCUAGGAAUCAUGAAGAACAGUCCAAAGAUGGAGAUGAAAACUUUACAAGGGAGAAACCUAGACAAAACAGGGGUGGUUUUGGUCAACCAGGUAGACAUAACAAAGAAACUUUGGAAGAGAUGUCAAGACCAGACAGUGGUAAAUCUAGUAGUCAACAAGACAGAAGAAGUAGUCCUAGGAAUCAUGAAGAACAUUACAAAGAUGGAAAUGAAAACUUUACAAGAGAGAAACCUAGACAAAACAGGGGUGGUUUUGGUAAACCUGAUAGACAUAACAAAGAAAGAUCAGAAGAGAUGUCUAGACAAGGCAGUGGUAAAUAUAGUAGUCAACAAGACAGCAGUAGUCCUAGGAAUCUUGAAGAACAGUUCAAAGAUGGAGAUAGACCUUGGAAUGGUAACAGACAUAGAUAUAAUAAAGAUGAUAGGCAUAAUGCUAAUUGGAGAAGUCAUGGCAGGAAUAACAGGUACAAUUCAGAUGAAAAUUGGGAAUAUUCUAAUGAUGAAAAGUCCUAUAACCAAAAAGCUAGCAGAAAUCAAGGCAGUGGACGGUAUUAUGAUAGACAUGAAAGAGGUUUCCAUAAAGACAGAGGGUUCAAACCUAAAUAUGGAACUGAAAAUGAAGUAAACAAACCUGGAUCUAGAAAUAAAAAUGUGCCACCAAGGUUUAAUGAACAUAUAGACAAAGAUGUAGAAAAAAUAGACAGGAAACUUGAUAGUAUGGUAGUUUCAGAAAAUUCAUUGGAAUUGAAAAAUGCUGAGAUGUUUGAAAGUGAUGAUAAAUUAAAAAUGAAUUCCAGUGCAAAAGACUGUGAUAAAAAUGAAUUUAGUAAUACUAGUAAAAGACCUUUGUCUUCGGACAUUCGAGAAAAUAGUGAUUCCAAAGGUGGUGAGAAAAAGGGACCUCCUGGAUUUGUAACUUCACCUCCACCAGGUUUUGAAAGGACAGAAAGGGAUAGUAUGUCAAUGGUUAAACCUCCACCAGGGUUUAAAAAGUAGCUGUGAUAAUUUUUUGGGGAUGUUUUAUGCUAGACUGAGAAAGAAAUAUGCCAAUAUAUAGAUGAGAUGAACUUAAUUUUCGGUGUUUAGAGUUCUUACCUUAUCUUGUUAAAAGCCUUCCAAAACCUGCAUAAAUUUUGUUCCUUACUCUAUUUAUGUCAUUUGGCAUAAAGAAUUAAUUGAAUAUGUCGUUGCCACAGGUAGUUAUGUAUGACAAGUAGAAUUUUUUACUUUGAAACAUCUGCCUGAUUAGUAAAGAAUAUUUUUAUCUCGACUAUUCGGAGAAUGAGAGAUCCUACUCAAAACACCAUUGGCGUCACACCGUAGUUAAGUAUUUCUUACCAGUCCACAUUUUGGCAAGACCUUUUGUCAUAUAGCUUUGAAACUUUGAAUACUUUUUGUGUACUGUCACCAUGUCCAGUUUUAGGCUAGAAUACAUAACUCCAUCAAGGAUUUUGUCUGAAUUAUGGCUCCUUUUAACUUGCAAAUCUUGGUUAAGUUUUUUGUACCAGUUUAUUUUUUGUGUAAACUGUUUGACUUAUGGCUUUGAAACUUUUAUUACUUGUAUAUUAUAAAAGUCUCUAUUUGUAGGCAAGAGUACAGGCUGAAUUAUGGUCCCUUUUGGACUUGGAAAUUGGUUCAGUUUUUUUGUACAAGUCCAUGUUUUGUCAAAACCAUUUGACAUGUGGCCUUGAAACUUUGAACACCUGCUAAUCAUCAUGAUUUCUAUCUUAAGGCAAGAAUACAUAAUUCUGUCAACUAUUUUGGCAGAAUUAUGGCCCUUUUUGGACAAGUCCAUGUUUUGUCAAAACUAUUUGAUAUAUGGCUUUGAAACUUUGAACAUUUGUUCAUGGUCAUGAUCUCCAUCUGUAAUCGAGGGUAUAUUAUUAUGUCAAAGAUAUUUGGCUGAAUUUUGGCCCUUUUUGGAAUUGGAAAUUGGUUCUGUUUUCGUACAAGUCCACAUUUUGUCAAAACAAUUUGACACGCGGCUUUGAAACUUUGAACACUUGUUCAUGGUCAUGAUCUCCAUUUGUAGUAAAGGGUAAGUAACUAUGUCAAAGAUAUUUGGCUGAAGCCUCUUUUGACUUUGAAAUAAGUUAAAUUUUUCGUACCAGUCCAUAUUUUGUCUAACUGUUAAUGUAUGGCUUUGAAACUUUGACCAAUUGUUAACCAUCAUAGUUUCCAUAUGUAGGCAAGACUACAUAACUAGGACAAGGAUUUUGGCUCAGUUUGGUCUUAAAGACGGGACGUAUUAUGGGAACACCCUUGGCAGGCUGGUGUGCGGGUGGUCUCCACAAACUUUGUCUAGAGCAAUUCUCAUGGAGGGAUUUUGAUGUAACUUGGCACAUAUUUUGACCCCAUACUUACAGCAGCUCUCCAAAUAGUCGAGCACACUGUCAACAGACAGCUUUUGUCAUUUAUAUAAAGACAUUUCAGUCUGGAGUAGAGCUAGAAAACAUUUACUUCUGUUAAGAAAAUCUUAAAUUGACGAGGGCAUUCAUCUUUUAAUGCUGCAUUAAUUUGAGCCACGCCAUGGGAAAACCAACAUAGUGGGUUUGCGACCAGCAUGGAUCCAGACCAGCCUGCGCAUCCGCGCAGUCUGGUCAGGAUCCAUGCUGUUCACUUUCAAAGCCUAUUGCAAUUAGAGAAACUUUUAGCGAACAGCAUGGAUCCUGACCAGACUGCGCGGAUGCGCAGGCUGGUCUGGAUCCAUGCUGGUCGCAAAGCCACUAUACUGGUCUUCCCAUGGCACGGCUCAUUUAUAUUUAGUUUUACUACGAAAAUAUGUUUCUCUGUAGUUUUAACAUGUAUGUAAAAGAAGUGGAUACUUCAGUACCAGGUGUCUUUCAGCAGAAAUUUAAAUAGUGGGUAAUUGAUGCAAAAAUGAUAUUCUGUAGUUGUUUAAGUGACCUGUUCUGUUUUUCUUUUUUGUUCUUUUCUUUUGAAUAACAAUGAUGAAACGCUUUACUUUUGUUUAAAGAUAAAAUAUGGUAAAAACAGGCAGAUUUUUUAAAAACAUUCAAGAAAUAUUUUUAAAAAAAAAAAAAAAAGAGACCUUUGGUGUAUAUGUUGCUCAGACUGACCUAUGAAAUAUUAAGAAAAAAGUAUUCCAGUGAUAGUUCUUUAAAUAUAGAAAGUCUGAGACCCAACAAAAACAAUUUUCUACUAAUGAUUUUUUACUAACACAAGUUUCUUAUACCAGUAUUCCUUUCUUUUGUUAUUUUAUGAACAUGUGAAACAUUUUAUUGUCUCCCACCACACAGUGGUGUGGGAGACAUAUUGAUUUACUCCAAUCUGUGUGUCUGUCACAAACCUUGUCCGCACUCUUUAAGUCGAACAUUUCUCAUCCGAUCUUCACCAAACUUGAACAAAAUGUGUUUGACCAUCAGACCUCGGCCAAGUUUGAUAACUAGCCAAAUCCGCCCAAGCACUUUCGAAUUAUGGCCCUUGAAUUACUGAUUGGAUCCACCCGUCUAGCCCAUCCAGAGAAACAAGGCAGUUGUGGGAGACAUGAGCUUUUCUCAAAAGCAUCUCUAGUUAUAUCAAACUUUAUAUAGUAGAGAUACUGAGGGGUUUUUUUUUGUUCACCAAAACUGUGAAUGAGCAACGGUGGUCUUUAUGAAACUGCUCAUGGAUUUACAUGUUCUUUUCUUCAAUUAAAUGAAAAGACUCAGUCAAGUAAAUUGGUACUUGAUCAUCAUAAAACUGUCAGAAUGUUUUUUUCUUUUAAAUCCAAGUCCAGUCCAAAACUGGGUUACUGGAAGUCUUGAAAUAGAUCACGAGUUCAAAUCAUAGAAAAAGCUUGUUAAAGGAAAUUCCUAUAGUUUUUUAUGCGCAUCUUUCUGCGCAGCCGACACUUUCUAUGGAAAAGUCAACAUUUGUUGAAACAUGUUACAGACAAUCUUAAAUAUGAGGAAUCUUGAAUGAAAUAACAUUUUUGAUAAGUUAUAUCAGUAAUCAUAUGUUGAUACUGGUUUAUGUUGUAUUGCCAAGUAUCAUGCCUGACAGGUAUCUUGUUAUUUUUGUGGUUGUGUUUUCACAUCGCAUUUUAGUACAAAGACAGUGUUGUUCAUAUAAUGUAAGAUAGUUGACUUAGUACUGAUAAGACAAUAUCACCUUUCAGAUUAUUUAGUAUUUAAUUAUAGAAAGAAUUAAGAAUUUUUAAAACUUUUUUUUAAGUUUUAGCAGACAUACAUGUAAUCAAUUUGGCCAGGUUCGCGUCAUUUCCGUCCGAACAGGUGUUGUAUUCUAGCGGUCUUAACAUAAAAUUUAGCCUGGUGACCCAUACAUUUUUAGCCUUUUUAUGCUCACAAUACAAUUAUCUAUACACAAGAAGGAAAAGAAAAAAAUUCUACGAAAGAGUUUUUUCAAAAUAAAAAAAAAAUUCUUCACUAUGGGUAUUUUUCAUUGAAAAAAGUUCACAAAAGUAAAUAUGAAACAAUAUUUUUUUUUCAUUUGUACCCAUUAUUGUAAGGAUAGAGUAUUACAAAUAUGACUAUGAUAUCAAAUAAGUAUAUAAUAAAAUCUGUAAAAAGAAAAAACCGUAUUGUGCUGCCUGCAUGUAUAUUUUGGUUGGUAUUUAUAAAAUAGCAGAAAAUUAUGAAAAUGUUGAAAAAUCGCUGGCAGUUUCAGUAACAGUGGGUGUGUUCAAAACAAUUUUUCACAAAAACAAGCCUGAUGACCUAUUGUUUUUAUUCGUUCAUUGUUUUCAGCACAAAAUUUCCUAUCAUAUAUGUGAAUUUAAAAAAAAAUUUUAUGAAAGGAAAAAAACUAUAGGAAUUCUCUUUAACACUCAGGAGGCCACAUUUUCUACUUAGUCUUCAUAAAACUUUCUCAGAAUGUUUGUCUCUAUAAAAUCUAGGUAAAGCUCGAAACUGGAUUAUCUAGGUAAAAAACUAGGUCACUCGGUCAAAUCCUAGAAAGGUGUUGUCAGCACUGUAAAGGCCCGAUUUUCAUGGGAUUUGGUUGUAAUGUUUGUCUGUUUAAAAUCAGGGUAACUUGGUCACUUAGGAAAAACUUAGGUUGUUAGGUCAAAUCAUAGUACAACACUUUAAAAACCACUUUUUUGUUCAUAUGUGUCAUAAUGAAUCACUGGAACCACCCCUCCUGAUAUAAUUCCUUUGCAUCUAACUCCAAACUAACAGUAUGAUACAAUCUGAAUAACAGUGAUAUUAUUUAAUGAUAAAAUCAGCAUUUGAGAUGAUCUAUUAUUUAAGUAUUUUUUUUUCACGGUUUGCUUUGUUCAUUUAAAAAGUUUUGUCUUGAAGGGUGUAUACUGAACAAUCAUGUCUUAUUUGAUGCAUAUGCUAACUGAAUCUUACACAACAGGCAAUAAUUGGUAACAGACUAUCCCAGUACAUGCAGUGUUAAUUUAGAAUGUAAAUUGUAACAAAUUACAAUAUAAAUUUAAAACAAUUUACAUGUACUAAAAAAGGCCUCUCUUAUAUAUUAAGACAUUAUAAAUUGACCAGAAUAUGGUUUUAGGGUGCAAUAUGAUCCAUUGCUAUUCAGUGUGAAUGUACUAUGAUAGCUUGAAUGGUAACGGGUUUUGGUAGAGUAUAUGUUGAUGAAUUCAUAUGGUUGGAAUUUCAAAUACUUAAGUGAUUAAAAUGCUGUUAAAGACA